GAUUAUCUAAAAAUAUGUCAAACUUUAAAGCCCCUCUUUCCCAAUCCGCCCCUCCUCCUCAUUAACCUGCAGUGUCUAUGAAGCAAAUCCACUCUCGAUCACAGGUAACAGUGUUGAGGAGUAUUACGUCACAGGCCGAAAGCAAUAAUAAGAGUGGUGGUUUAGCUGAUGGUAUUGAUUGGUUAGGUGCCGGCAGCUCCAGGUCCGCGACUGCGUUCCAACCCCGUCUCAACCCUUUCCCUCCCGUUUCACUCAACCUCCAUGCACCAGAAGGAGACGCAAGCGGGCGCUUGAGGGGGCUGUGACUGGGGGCUGCGAUUAUUUCGCACAGUUUCGCCACCAUGCGCACUGGGUGAACAGCUAGCUGGGCCCAGAGACCACUCCUAGUGUUGGUGCCUGAUGUGACACUACAGUUGUCCUACAAGUGAACUGUGCCGAAAUGACGAGAAGCAGGGGACACGUGUAGGUGCCCCAGGACAUGGGGCACAGCCGGGUGGUGUGGCCAGCCGUGCUGCUGGCCCUCGCCCUCCCCUGGGCUUCAGCUGGAUCGCCGGGGGCAGGAGGCAGCUACUUGGGCGACGUCAACAUAUCGGCAAUUCUCGACUCGUUCAGUGUCAGCUACGACAAAAGAGUAAGACCGAACUAUGGAGGUCCCCCCGUGGAAGUGGGAGUCACCAUGUACGUGUUGAGCAUCAGCUCGCUGUCCGAAGUGAAAAUGGAUUUCACGUUGGACUUUUACUUUCGUCAGUUCUGGACGGAUCCACGUCUGGCAUUCCGGAAACGGCCCGGAGUUGAAACCCUUUCGGUGGGAUCCGAAUUCAUCAAGAACAUUUGGGUUCCGGAUACAUUCUUCGUUAACGAAAAACAGUCGUACUUCCACAUCGCAACCACAUCAAAUGAAUUCAUCAGAAUCCAUCAUUCGGGAUCGAUAACACGUAGUAUUCGAUUAACAAUUACGGCGUCGUGUCCCAUGAAUCUUCAAUACUUUCCUAUGGAUCGUCAACUGUGCCAUAUAGAAAUAGAAAGUUUCGGGUACACAAUGAGAGAUAUCCGAUAUAAGUGGAACUCGGGAGUAAAGAGCGUCGGAAUAAGCAACGAAGUGGAGCUGCCACAGUUCCGGGUGCUGGGCCACAGGCAGAGGGCGACCGUAAUUAACCUGACCACAGGAAACUACUCACGCCUAGCAUGUGAAAUCCAAUUCGUUCGUUCUAUGGGUUACUACCUCAUUCAAAUCUACAUCCCGUCCGGCCUUAUCGUCAUCAUCUCCUGGGUUAGCUUUUGGCUGAAUCGUAACGCUACUCCUGCCAGAGUGGCUCUGGGGGUCACCACCGUAUUGACGAUGACCACGCUCAUGUCUUCGACUAACGCUGCUUUACCCAAGAUCUCUUACGUUAAAUCGAUCGACGUCUAUUUGGGAACAUGCUUCGUUAUGGUGUUCGCAAGCUUAUUAGAAUAUGCCACUGUCGGUUACAUGGCAAAACGUAUCCAAAUGCGAAAAAACCGCUUCCUGGCGAUCCAGAAGAUCGCCGAGCAGAAGAAGCUGAACGUGGACGGCGGCCCCGACAGCGACCAUGCCCCCAAGCAGACCGUGAGCCGCCCCAUCGGUCAUGAGGUGCGCUUCAAGGUGCACGAUCCCAAGGCCCACAGCAAAGGCGGCACCCUCGAGAGCACCGUGAACGGCGGCCGCGGGGGCGGCGGCGGCGGCGGCCCCGACGAGGAGGCGGCCGCCCCCAUCCCCCAGCACAUCAUCCAUCCCAACAAGGACAUCAACAAGCUGUACGGCAUCACGCCCUCGGACAUCGACAAGUACUCGCGAAUCGUGUUCCCCGUGUGCUUCGUGUGUUUUAACUUGAUGUACUGGAUUAUUUAUCUGCACAUCUCCGAUGUUGUAGCGGACGAUCUAGUGCUUCUGGAGGAGGAUAAGUAAACGAGCGCUUGAAAGGGAUUCAUAAACACUUGUACAUUUUUAAUACCGAAAUGAGGAACUGACAUACAUUCGAGUGGAUCCAUUCAGUAGGAGUAUCAACGACCAUAGAUUUAGACUCGCGUAGCUUCCACGGCGAGACGUCUUGUAUAUAGGACCUACAUCCGCUACCUUCUCAUCGGUAACUCAUUGUCACGUCUAGCAACACUUCCGUUAUUAUUACGACCUUUAUACUAUCAUAAUCAGCGAGCACCGAAAUUGUUACAACGAACAAACAAGUGUUUUCAACCAAAUUUCAAACACACGGCCAUAAAUUCCCAAAUAUAUCUCUAGACUACUCAAUUUUGUAGUUAAAUAAAAUUAAAAAAGUUUAUUAGGGAAAACAUGUAACAUGUUUUCAGUAUUUUAUUUCAAAGACACAAACUACUUGCGGUCAUUGUAAAAAUGUCCGACAUUUUAAAAAUAACCGAUUGUACCUACAUACAGGAUUGAACAAAAGUAUGCAACCAAGAGUUUUUUUUGCCUAAAUUGUAUACUUUACGACAAAAAUAAUUAGUAAAUUACAAACUUAGCUUAAAUGUGAUUGUUUCAAAAAAUAGAAUUUUUUGAAAUCUUUUUCAGUUUUUGAGUUAUGCAUUUUUUUAAUGGCACCCAAUUACAACGACUUUUUUGGUUAAAAAUCCAUACUUUAAAAUGACUUCUAAUUCAAUAAUAUUUUCUUUAAAUCAGUGUUGCGAGCUCAUUACGGUAAGAUUUUUCAAACUUGACCGAAUUUGUAAUUUGCGAAAAAUUUCGAAUCACUGAAAAAAAUUCACUGAAUUAAUAAAUUGUGAUUUGAUACGCUGUCACUGCAUGAAACAUAUUUUCGGUCAAAUGUGGAAUAUCUUCGUGGUGAAUUUGAAGCAAAAUUUUUUUUCAAUAAUGUAUUUAAAAAAAAUGCUUGUUUGAAUACAAUAUUAUUGAGAAAAAAAUUGUUGAUGGAUGGUGCUAUUUAAAAAAAAAUUGCUAAACAUAAAAAAAAAAUUCGAAAAAUUUUACUUCUGACAAAUGAUCACAUUUCUAAGGUACAUCAUAAUGUAUUAAUUAGUUUUUUUAUAAAGUGAAUAGUUAAGGCAGACAAAAAACGCUUAGUUCCAUGCUUUUCCCAACUCAAUAAUAAACAUAAUUCAAUUGUACGAGAUUUUUGAAUUAGAAAUAGCAUACUUUUUGGCGAGGUUUCUUAGGCAAAAUCUGAAAAUAGAGUCAUUUUUGCUCGUUCCGAGAGAUUAAUAACUAGCUUUACUUCCAAUAUUCCAAUUUACGAGCCACAUACUUACUUAUUUUGUAAAAUUUCGACCAAAAAAACAUUAAACUAGAUUGAAAUUGUCGUCGUUUUAAGCCAGUUUUGUUAAAACAAGUCAAACAAUUAUCAGACUGGAUAAAAAAUGGUGUUUAAACGCAUUUUAAAGUAGAAAAAAUUGGUUUCUUUGCAAGAUUUUGCCAAAAAAUUACUAAACUAGUUCAAAUUUGAAAUUUGAACAAAAAUUUCAUGAAAGCAAAUAAGAAAGUCUCAAAACUAAGCUGAAAAUAUUGUUACUGUAUCCUCCUUUGUAUAAUUUAGUUCGUCUAGUUUUAAACAAAAAUAAAAUUUUCUUGCACAAAUUUGCACAAACAAGACGCAAAAACUUUAACUUAUUUCAUAUUUAUGUCUUUUUUACCGUUUUAGAACAUUUUUGAAAUUUAAAAAUCUGAAAAAAAAAGGUCAACAACUAAUUCAUAGCCUGCUUUAUUCGUUUUAAAGCAAAAUUAUCUCUAAAUAAGCCGCAAACUAGAAAAAAAUCAAAUUUUAAGACGUUUGUAAGCUGAAAAGUUCAGUUCGAACUAUUUGAUCAAUACAACGGAACUAAAGUAAUUUUAAUUUCGACACAAAAUGAAUUUCCCAAAUAGCCACUUUUUUCAAAAUUUCGUCAAAGCAAACCGAAAAAAAACAUAACCAAACCAAAUUAGGCUAAAAAUUUUGCAAAUUUUUUUUUUCACAAAUAGAUCCAGUGUUAAACUCAAAAAGAUUUUAAAAUUGGAUUAAAAACCGUUGGCAUUUUGUUAUUUCGUGCAGAAUUCGUUUUUAAGCAGAAUCUCACAAUUACAUAGUAAACGAAAUAAAUGAAAUUGUUUCUAAAAUAAAAUAUUAGUUUUUCGGAAAAUUUGAACAAGAAAAGAUUAAAAAAAAACGAAGUGAAAAAUCAGAUUUGUCAAAAUAAGUUGAAAAAGCAAACCACGUAGAAAAUUGUGUUAAAGGACGUGAAAAAAAAUUUGUGAUAAUGUAAUAUUACCAAAUUUAAAAAAAACUGCUGUUAUUCUGUUCUUUUUUCUAAACUUGGUUUGUUUGUAAACAAGAAAAUUCUCCAAACUGAGUCAUUUUAUUGAACGUAAAAAAACACAGCGUGACAAAAAAAUACUGAACAUUGUAAACAACUUUUAACUUUUCUAAGCGCCUGAGCACGUUUUGAAAAUAAAUUCCCAGUUUCGCUUGAUUUUUGAGCAAAAUGUUGCCAAAACAUAGUGAGAAAUCACCAAACUGGUGUUAUUUAUUACAAAAUAAGAUACAAAACAAAUUUAUUCCCUAAAUAAAAACAGUUGAUUUAUAAUAGUAAAAUAGUCAAUUAUAAUUGACAAUAUUACAAAUAGUAACUACGAAUGUAUGAGAAUUCUACGUUCAAAUAAAUUUAUUGCUCUACUGAAUAUAAUUAGACUACGUAAUAUAAGUUUUAUUUUUCUUACAUCAUCUCAAUGAAACUGAAGAGAUAAUCAAUUUUAUUGAGUGAAAACACAGAUCAGCAGUUAAAAGUCAAUAAUUUCUUGUAAACAUUAGAAAUCAAAAAAAAAUGUAAUAAUAGCCCACUUUCUACGCAAAAUUGAAUCAUUACCUCACAGUUCAGUUUUUACCCCAAUUUGAAUAUUUGUAUCCAAGUUUAAAUGAGUUGAAAGAACGAUUGAUUUAUUUUUCUAUAAACAAAGUUACAAUUGAAUCAAAUGAAAAAAACAUCAUUACCACUUUUGACGUUUUUUGCUCGUAUCUCAAAGACAAAACAUGUAACGAAAAAAAUCGCAAUAUCAAAAUUAAAAUCGACAUAAUUCGCUACAAAAAAGUGGUUGUACAUUUUCUGUAUCUGAAACAGUUCUCGAGAUAUCGCUAUAAAAAAAUAAAGAAAAAUUAUCCCGGCGCAUCCACCAUUUUAGGCAGUGCCGUUUUGCGUUAUUUUAAUUUUAUUUUUCUUACAUCGUCUCAAUGAAACUAAAGAAAUAAUCAUUUUAAUGAGUGAAAACACAGAUCAGCACUUAAAAGUCAAUAAUUUCUUGUAAAAAUUAGAAAUGAAGAAAAUGUAAUAAUUGCCCACUUUCUACGCAAAAUUAAAUCAUUACAUCACAAUUCAGUUUUUACCCCAAUUUGAAUAUUUGUAUCUAAGUUUAAAUGAGUUGAAAAAACGAUUGAUUUAUUUUUCUAUAAACAAUCAAAUCAACGAAAAAACGAAAAAAAUCGCAAUAUCAAAAUUACAAUCGACAAAAUUCGCUACAAAACAGUGGCUGUACAUUUUCUGUAUCUUAAACAGUUCUCGAGAUAUUGCUAUAAAAAAGUAAAGAAAAAUUAUCCCGGCGCAUCCACCAUUUUUGGCAGUGUUGUUUUGCGCUAUUUCGUUCAUAUCUCGAAGACAAUACUUGUUACAAAAAAACGCAAUCAAUAAAAAUAAAGCCGCGAAAAUUUGCUACAAAACGGUUGUUCCACUUUUUUGGAUUUUUGCAAAAUUCAGUAGUCCAGCGAUAGACAAAAAAUAGUAGCGUUUCAAAAUCUAGGUAUGAAAUUUGGUUGAAAAGUUCCGUUUAAUCGUUGCGUCAAUUUCCGUGCCGCCAAGUACAUAUAUAAGUUAAAUUGUAUAAGUUAUUCUAUGCGUAAAAAGAGUUUAAUUAUCGUUACAUCUAGUCGCAGGUAGUCUAGUUGAGUUAAAAACUUUAUUUAUCUUUGUACAUAUAACAACGCAACCAAAACCCAUAAGAUAGUCGUUCCUGUUUUAUAUUCUUCGCGCACAGAGCCCAAGAAAAAUGCAUUUAGUGUGUAGUCCGCACGCGAAAAACCCGCACCCCAAACAGGAGACGAACUCCUUCAGGGAUCCACGCAUAUACUAUGCAGAAGCCGUUGGAAGAAAGCGGCGAAACGAAAUUCUAAAAAAUGUAAAAUAAAUAUAAUUAUAUACAAAUAUUAUAUUAUACAUAAAUGAAAAAAAACUUAGAUAGGACACGCGCUCGUAGUCAACUUGAUACCAUACCUAGAUGACACUGACUGUACAUAAUAUAUAAAUAACUAGACCCAUGAUUAUAUAUUAUAAAUAAUGGUAUAUACGCAUUUAGCAUAAUUGCGAGCGCGUCGGAUCAGCACAGAUUGAACAACAGACGAAAACUGCGUCGCUCUGGGCGUCCUCUUCGUGGCAAAGCGCAGCGCGCGUCUGUAAAUAACUCCCAGUGAAUUAAGCGAAACAUUUCCCCGACAACGUACACACACUCCACCAGUAUUUAUAAACGAGUUGUAGCACCACAGCGCACAGAGCAAGAGUCUGAAGUUACGGAGCAAUACUUAAUAACAGAGUAAACUUCCUUCUUAUGAAAUCGACACCGCAUCCUGCACCCACCAGCGAGCGCACCGGAAACUGACGACGACGCUUCGUGUGAUCGAGUGGAUGAUGAUGAUGAUGCGGCCGCCAACCAACAACACUUUUCAAAUACGAUCGAACGAACGAAUUUAGAAUUUGCCAGUGUCAGUGACGGCGAGCUCGUUGAGGGCAGGGGGCGCGCGGACUCCAUGGAGGGCUCGGGCUCCGUGCACUCCCUCACCCGCACUGCGAGCGACUAUUGCUCACUAUUGAAUAUUCUAAAUGAUAAGAAAGAGUUGUAUGUACUAUAUUUGAAACAUUCCAAUUAUUUAUUAACUACGUAUUGCGUAGGUAUAUACUGUUUGGCGUUUUUAUUUGAAUAAAAAAAAUUUUAAUGAAA